GGCGGCCACGAGCAGCCGGGGCCCUACGCGCGCACCAAAGAGAACGGGAUCAACGGGGAGCUGUCGGCGGGAGACAGGGAGACCGCAGAAGAAGUGUCUGCGAGGAUAGUACAAGUAGUAACAGCUGAAGCUGUAGCAGUCCUGAAAGGCGAACAGGAAAAAGAAGCCCAGCACAAAGAUCAGCCUGGACCACUACCUUUAGCAGUCGAAGAGUCAGCCAACCUGCCUCCUUCCCCGCCUCCAUCGCCAGCUUCUGAGCAGACUGGAGCUCUGGAGGAAGAUUUACUUACAGCCACGAAGAUGGAAUUCCGUGUCCAGGAGGGCGCACGCCCUUUCGCAGCAGAACCAUUAGACACAAAGCAACAUGAAUCUGGGAAAGACAGUAAGACUGGUGAGCAACCUAAACAUGAUGCCUUAGUUCCACAGCCAGCAAAAACAGAGGCUAUAGACAAAACAGAUUCACAGAGCAAAGACAAAGAAAAAAAGCCUUCACCUCUAUCAGAACAGCUCUUGGAAACUGAUUCACAAAAGAAAGAGGAAGGCGGUUUUGCAGAACCUGCUGCCAAGCCUCCUGCUCCUCAGGAACAAAAGGACUUGUUAUCUGAACUGCCUAAAGGGAGCAAAACAGAAGAAAGGACUGCAGAUGUGCCCUCAUCAUCUAGCCAAGUUAUGUCUAUGAAAUUAAAAGAUGACCUUAAAGAUGUCCAAGAUCUUGCUAUCAGCCAUGGUGAAAGUUCUCUAUUGCUAUCGGAACCCAAGGCAGCCAAAAGUGAACUUCCUUCAGGCCCAUCUCCUGCUGUCUCCCAGGAUCUUCCACUCAAAGACAGUUUCCAAACAAAACGGGAACUCCCUGACCAACUGUUUGCCAAAGAUCUCACUAAAGAUGAACAGAUGCAGAGAGGCAGGGCCCUAGCUCUGCAAGAAGUCUCAGAGGUAACUGUAGAUGGUCUGAAAACACCAAGCACUCAGAAGAUCCCUACGUGGGGAGAGGAAAAGGACAUGACCAAGGAUGAGAGUGAUGAGGAAGAAAGGUAUGACUUCUAUGAUAAGGGGGAGGCUCGAAUAUUAGAUGAUGGUAAAUUUACUGCAAAGCCUGAAGUUAAGACACUUUCCCAAGACAAAACAGACCUUCAAAAGGAUGAUGAAACUAAAAAGUCACCUGAUAUGCCCAAAGCAGAAAAAGAAAUGGACCAGAGUGGGCUCCCAACAACAGUAGACAAGAAAAAGGAGGUGCAGCCAAGCCCACCAGUACCCCCAGGCACAUUAAGCCAUGAAAUGACCCCUGCGAAAACAGUAGAGCACCCUGAUACCAGUCAGUUUUCCAGAUUAGCAGAGAAAGCCCCUGAGGCAUCCAGUUUAACCACUGACAAGCCUUCUACUCUAGAAGCUUCUCAAGAGAAAGAUGUUAAAAAAGAUACCAAGGAGGAUAAGACAAGUGUUCCAGCUCCUCAUCAAAUGAAGGAAGAGGAGGAUCGCUCAGGAAUGUCAAAGUAUUUUGAAACCUCUGCUCUGAAAGAGGAAGCCUUCAAAGCAGAUGCUCUGAAACAAGGCAGUGAUUACUAUGAGCUAAGUGACACUAAAGAGAGUGUGUAUGAGCCUUAUCAGACGGGUCAUCUAAUACCUGAAGACAAAGAGGAAGAGGAGGAAGAAUUUCAGCCAGAAUUGGAUCGGCAUCAGGGUGUGCCUGCUCAUGAAAUAGGGUACAGUACCCUGGCUCAGAGCUAUACACCAGACAAAUCUGAAGAAUCAAGUUCCCCAACAGAAAGAAUGUUCACUAUUGACCCCAAAGUCUAUGGGGAUAAGAGAGAACUCCACAGUAAAAAUAAAGAUGACCUAACUCUGAGCAGGAGCCUGGGACUUGGAGGGAGAUCUGCAAUUGAACAAAGAAGCAUGUCUAUUAACUUGCCCAUGUCCUGCCUGGAUUCAAUAGCUCUAGGAUUUAGCUUUGGUCGUGCACAUGACCUUUCUCCUCUCGCUUCGGAUAUUCUAACUAACACUAGUGGCAGUAUGGAUGAAGGUGAUGACUACUUGCCAGCAACCACGCCGGCGCUGGAGAAGGCCCCCUGCUUCCCCAUUGAUAGCAGAGAAGAAGAUGAGCACAUUGAAGAAGAAAAAGCAAUGGCAGAAGAAAAAGUCCAGCCUGAGACCUUGCCCGAAUCACCUUUCCUGGCCAAAGAUUAUUACAAAAAUGGGGCUGUCCUGGCUCCUGACCUGCCUGAAAUGUUAGACUUAGCAGGGACAAGAUCUAGAUUAGCUUCUGUGAGCGCAGAUGCUGAGGUGGCGCAGAAGAAGUCAGUUCCUUCUGACGUGGUUGUGGAAGACAGCGGCACAGCCCUGCCACCUGUGACGGACGAAAACCACGUAACUCUAAAAGCUGAAAGUCAGCUAGAAGAUUUGGGCUACUGUGUUUUCAAUAAGUACACAGUCCCACUCCCUUCUCCAGUUCAGGACAGUGAGAAUUUAACGAGUGAAACCUGUCCCUUUUAUGAAGGCACAGAUGAAAAACUGAGACGUGGCCUAGCUCCUGACCUGUCUUUAAUAGAAGUGAAGUUGGCAGCAGCUGAAAAAUCAAAGGGAGAAUUCCUCAGUGAAAAAGACUUAGGUCAGCAUGCCACUGGUGAGUCCAUUCUGGCAAGGGACUUUGAGCAGGAGAAAAAAGAGAAGCUGCAUGCUGUGCUAGAAAAAAAUGAAGAUCAAGUUGACUCUAAAGAUUUCUAUGCCAUUAAAGGUGCAGAGCCAGAGAAAACAAGACCUGAGGCAAUCUUCGAAAUGAAAGAAGAAAGUAUGGCUGAUAAAGUUCAUCUAACUGAUGAUACCUUGUAUGGCAGAAUAUCAGCUUCAGACAUGGCCAUAGAAAAGGAUGUUUCCUUGUCGAUGGAGAAAGAGGAAAAAACUCUGAGUGUUGUUCCUGAAAUGGCUGAGAUAGAAACUGUAAUUAAACCAGAUUACAAUGCUAUAAAGCAUGAUAUGGAAGUGGCUGCCAGGAGAGCUGACCAAGAAUACAAGAGUCAGUUAGAUGCUAGGAUCAAUGAGGUUGUUACUAUCCCUUCAGGGAAGGACAAAGCCUCCAUUAAAAGAGCAGAGCCUGAACUCAAAGACACUCAACAGAAAGAUCAGACCGUCUUGUCCAGAGAAGCAAAGGAUGCAGAUGUACUUUCCAAGACCGAGCCUAGUUACGUGAAGGACAGCAUCAAACUGUCAGAAACUGAAAUUAAGGAAAAAGUAACUAAGCCUGAUCUGGUACAUCAAGAGGCAGUUGAUAAAGAGGAAUCUUACGAAUCUAGUGGAGAGCAUGAUCAAGCCCAAGAAAGUUUGAAUGGAGAAUCCCUGAAACCAGAGGAUAUCAAGACAGAACCUCCAAAACCUCCUGUGUCUGGGGAAGAAAUGCCUGCACCGCUGCCAGCAAAGGAGCCUUCUGUGGAGCUCCUUCCAAAAGCUGAGCCCCUCCAGGAAGAGCCUGCUGAGAUUCAGAUGGAGAGCAUACCACAGCCUGCAGAAGAAACUGAAAAGAUUCCUGAUAGAGCUGUGAAACCUAUGGAAACUGAAAAGAUGCUGCCAUGUGAAGCGACAGCUGGAGCCACAAAAGGGGAAGAACAUGAGGAAGAAGAGCUAGAAGUAGGGCAAGAAGAAAAAGAAGAGGGUAAACUGCGUUUUAUGCCAGAAAUGCCCGCAGAGCUAGACUUUGGCAAACCUAUCGUUGAAGAAAUGCUAGUCAAGGGUAGCCCAGAAGCAGUGCCUGAACUGAAAGGCAUUAUUGAAUCCGUGGUGACAGUAGAGGAUGACUUUAUCACAGUGGUGCAGACAACAGUUGAUGAGGGUGAAUCUGCUUCUCACAGUGUGCGCUUUGCUGCUGCUCAGCAGGAAGACAUUGAAACAGGGGACUCCCAGGCUGAAGAGGAGCUGGAGGUCGAGGAAGUGGCUGACGUUCACGUUGAGCCCAAGGAGGGCUCCCCAGAAGCUCCUGCUUCACCGCAGAGAGACUUGCUCACCGACUACAAGACAGAGACGUGUGAUGAUUACAAAGAUGAAACAACAAUCGAUGACUCCGUCAUGGACACAGACAGUCUCUGGGCUGAUACUCAAGAUGAUGAUAGGAGCAUCAUGACUGAACAGUUAGAGACUGUUCCUAAAGAGGAGAAGGCAGAGAGAGAAUUGCGAAGAUCAUCUCUCGAUAAGCAUAAAAAAGAGAAACCUUUUAAAACUGGGAGAGGCAGGAUUUCCACUCCUGAAAGGAAAAUAGCUAAAAAGGAACCUAGCACACUCUCCAGAGAUGAAGUGAGAAGGAAAAAAGCAGUGUAUAAGAAAGCUGAACUUGCUAAAAAAACUGAAGUUCAGGCCCACUCUCCCUCCAGGAAAAUCAUUUUAAAACCUGCUAUCAAAUAUACUAGACCAACUCAUCUCUCCUGUGUUAAACGGAAGCAGACAGCAGCAGGUGGUGAAACAAACCAGGCUCCUGGUGUAUUUAAACAAGCAAAGGAAAAACUCUCAGAUGGAGUAAGCAAGAGUCCUGAAAAGCGUUCCUCGCUACCAAGACCUUCCUCUAUCCUUCCUCCUCGGAGAGGUGUCUCAGGAGACCGCGACAGAGAGGAGAGCUCUCUCUCCCUCACAGCUUCUCUUUCCUCUUCAGUACGACGGACCACCCGAUCAGAGCCAAUUCGUAGCAGAACAGGAAAAAGUGGAACCUCUACCCCCACUACUCCUGGCUCCACUGCCAUCACUCCAGGGACACCACCAAGCUAUGCCUCCCGUACCCCGGGCACUCCAGGGACACCCAGCUAUUCCAGAACCCCACACACUCCUGGGACCCCCAAAUCUGCCAUACUGGUACCUACUGAGAAAAAAGUUGCCAUAAUUCGCACUCCUCCUAAAUCUCCAGCCACUCCAAAGCAGCUACGAGUUAUUAAUCAGCCUCUACCUGACCUCAAGAACGUCAGGUCCAAAAUUGGAUCAACGGAUAACAUCAAAUACCAGCCUAAAGGAGGGCAGGUACAAAUCGUAACCAAGAAGAUCGACUUGAGUCAUGUGACUUCAAAGUGUGGCUCACUCAAGAACAUCCACCACAAGCCAGGAGGUGGGCGUGUGAAAAUUGAGAGCGUGAAGCUGGAUUUCAAAGAAAAAGCUCAGGCUAAAGUUGGUUCACUGGAAAAUGCCCACCACGUACCUGGUGGUGGUAACGUCAAGAUUGACAGCCAGAAGCUGAACUUCAGAGAGCACGCGAAGGCCCGUGUCGACCACGGGGCCGAGAUCAUCACGCAGUCGCCAGGCAGGUCCAGCGUGGCCUCCCCGCGCCGGCUCAGCAACGUCUCCUCCUCCGGGAGCAUCAACCUGCUGGAGUCCCCCCAGCUGGCCACCCUGGCGGAGGACGUCACCGCAGCCCUUGCCAAGCAGGGCUUGUGAACUCCUCACCUCGCGCCCUAGGAAGUAAUAACGUUUAGGCAUGAGCUCUUGGCAGGAAUGGGCUCAGAGCAGGUGUUACAUUCAUUCUUUACCAUGUCUAAAACUAAGUCGCAUCCCAAGACUUGUAGUUACCAUACAGUUAAAAAAAAA